CCCCUAGUGUUCGCCACGCCUGCGCCAUGCUCAGCGCCCAGGAGCGCGCGCACAUCGCACGCGUCUGGGAUCUCCUGGCCGGCCACGAGGCGUCCAUCGGGGCUGAGCUGCUGCUAAGGCUCUUCACGGUAUACCCCAGCACCAAGAUCUACUUUCAGCACCUGGGAACCUGUCCUGAUGAGACGCUGCUGCUGAGCCACGGGCAGAACAUGCUCCGUGCGGUGGGAGUGGCCGUGCAGUACCUAGACAACCUGCGCGCCGCCCUGAGUCCCCUCGCGGACCUGCACGCGCAAGUACUCCGCGUAGACCCCGCCAACUUCCCGCUGCUGAUGCAGUGUUUCCAGGUGGUGCUGGCCUCACACCUGCAGGACGAGUUCACAGUGGAGAUGCACGCGGCGUGGGACAAGUUCCUGACCGCCUUGGCGGUGGUGCUGACAGAGAAGUACCGCUGAGUCGCACCUGCUAGCUGUUGGUCCGG